UAUGUAACCACUUAAUGCUAUUCUCUGCUUGGGUAAUGAGGAACUUCUCGCCAGUCCCUCCCCUAAAAAGCAAGUGGGAUGGGAGGGACUAUGUGUUUCUCAUUUUUUGAGGAAGAAAUAAUUUUCUCAGCCUAUGGUGCAGAUGGGCAGACCUCCAAUGAAAGUGUUACUUGCCAAUCAGCUUGUCUGCCUCCAGCUCUCCAGAGUCCUAGGUGCCUUUGUCUGUGUCCUAGGUGCCUGGACCUCUGGAGCUCAGAGUAAUGGAAUUUCGACUUCUCUUCAUGGAGUCAAAGGAGGUUUCAUCCUGUUUCACUUGAAUAUAAGCUCAGGAGAAAAGAUCGAAGUAAUCAGAUGGACCUUUAAAAAUAAGGCCUAUCAUCAAAAUCUGCUUGAGUUUGAGCCUGAGAAUAAAUUUCUAAAAUGGAAGAAUCUCCAGAACAGAUUUGAGCAGAGAGUCAAUGUGACUAACAUGACAUUCCAUAUUAAGAAUCUCACCCUUAAGGAUCAUGGGUGCUAUAUAGCGAGAAUUGAAUAUUUUGGAGGAAAUAUCAGUGAGCAAACCUUCUUGCUUUCUGUUAAUGAGCCCAUCGUCCUUGAGACUAACGUACUCUCAAAGUCCCAGACUUCAGAUUGGUGCAACCUUACCUUAGAAUGCCAAGCCAUGAGUGACACGAAGAAAGUGAGAAUGACUUGGGAAAGUGAAGAUAUUCCUAAGAUGCUAAUGCAGAACGAGAGUUUAGGGCUGCUCUCUAACUCUAGCAGAGUAAAAGUGUUCUUUCCAUUGAACUAUCAGAAUUACUCUAUCACCUGCCUAGCCAUGAAUGAUGCAGAGCAGAAAAACAUCACAUUAAAACUGCAUGACGUCUGUGUUAAAACUUCGAUCAUGAAAACUCAUAAACGGCCCUGGUAUCUUGGAAUUUUCAUCCUGUUCAUAUUGUUUGGGAUCCUGGGGAUUGGAUGGUGGAUCUGCAAAGGAAAAGAAGAGAAGAAAGAAGUUAUGGAUUCUUCAAAGCAUCAAAGAGAUAGUGAUAAUAGUAUCGAAUAUGCAAUGCUGAAUCCAGACAGGCUUCCUGAGGACCAGAACCAGUGCCAAGAAGCUUGUGAGCAGCGGCUACAGGAGAGGGAGAACAUCACCACUAUAUACAGUCACAUCCAGAAGACACCCCACCAAUACUCAGAGAGCCCUGGAGAGAUUUACAUGAACUGAUGCUGAGUGAAAUGAGCAGACCC